UAAUACAAAUCUAUAGUGGCUGUAGAAAAGAUGAAUCUGCUUCUUUCCUUACAGGAUCUGAAAUGUCUUACAAAAAAGUUCUCAUGACUAGAGCUGAUUGUAUAGAAAACCUGCUUUCUGAAAAAAAAUAUGAAGAUAUUGGAAGUCAUCUUGUGUAUCUUGAAACUGUUGAUAUGACUGUAGACUGUCUCCAGGAGACGGAUAUUGCCAAAGCUGUGUUCAGAAUCCUCAAGAACUGUCCCUCUGUGGUACUGAAAAAUAAGGCAAAGCAUUUACUAUCGAAGUGGAAAACACUUUAUAAGCAUCAUUACAAUCAAUGCAUACACGUUAAGCCAGUAUUACCUGAUAAUGCAAAAGAAGAUUCUGAUCACCUUAACGUAGUCCUGGCAGAUGCAAACACUUCUGGAAAACUGAAUCAGCAUGUGAUAUUAGGCCCUGCCAGUUCCAAGAGUUGCCUGCUAUCAGAAAACCAUCCACAAGAUACUGGAAGUAAUGUGCAAAAAGACAAUGCAAUUCAGCCUGCACUUCAAGAGCACACGAGUUCUGUUAGUGAAACAAGCCCAUUUCAGGUUCAUACUACAGCUAUGAGAUGCAAAUGUACAGAGCUUCUUUAUGAAGCUUUGAUUGACUCAACAAGUAAUGCAAGUGAAAAGCACCACAAGAUUGCUGAAGAAGUUGAACAACACAUCUUUGUACUUUAUGCUAAAAAUGACAGAAAAUACAAAAACUGCAUCCGAAGCAAAGUUUCUAACUUGAAGAAUCCAAAAAAUGCUCACUUGAAACGUAACCUGCUUCUAGGGACUUUGAAUCCUAAGACAUUUGCUGAGAUGUCCACAAUGGAAAUGGCACAUGAUGAACUAAAGCAGCUCAGAGCUUCUUAUACAGAAUCAUCUGUUCUGGAGCAUCAGCUCCCUCAAAGCAUCAGUGGUACACAUACAGACAAAAUAAAAUGUAGACGCUGUGAAAAAUUUGAUUGCACUGUUACUGCAAUUGCCAGGGGAGCUCUUUUCCUUCCUGGUUGGGUACGAAAUGCAAAUCCAGAUGAACAAAUGAUGACUUACGUAAUUUGUAAUGAAUGUGGAGAGCAGUGGUACCACAGCAGAUGGAUUUGUUUGUGAUUAUGCAUCCUUUAAUCCCUACGUCUUCAGAGGAGAUAAGUAUUAAAUAUGAAAUUACCAAAGUACAGCUAUCUGAAUAAGGAGUAUUUUAAGUGCUGUAAUGUUUGGUAAUGCAAUAAAAAGUGGAUGAGCAUUAUGAAGCAAAAUAGUUAUAAAGCUAUUUGAGAGAUCAAGUUUUAA